ACAUAAAUAAAAAGAAAAUUAUAAAAAGCGGAGGCGGCUGGAGUGAAGUGGGCGAGGGCGCAAACCAGAGAGAGGUCACGAGAUUAUCGCCGGCCAUGGCCGCCGCAUCGUCGUCGCGUGUUCUGCUCGCCGCCGUCGCCGUCCUGGCCGCCGCCCUCGCGGGCUGCGGUGCGGGGGCGGCGCUGGACGACCCGGCGGGGCUCCUGCGGCGUGCGAAGGAGGCGGAGUUCGCGGGCUGGAUGGUGGGGCUGCGCCGCCGGAUCCACGAGAACCCGGAGCUCGGGUACGAGGAGUUCGCCACCAGCGAGCUCGUGCGCAGGGAGCUCGACGCGCUGGGGAUCCCCUACAGGCACCCCUUCGCCGUCACCGGCGUCGUCGCCACCGUCGGCACCGGCGGCCCUCCCUUCGUCGCGCUCCGGGCGGACAUGGACGCGCUCCCGAUGCAGGAAAGUGUGGAAUGGGAGCACAAGAGUAAAGUGCCUGGAAAGAUGCAUGGGUGUGGUCACGAUGCACAUGUUGCUAUGCUGUUGGGUUCUGCCAGGAUACUUCAGGAACACCGUGAUGAGCUGAAGGGUACCGUAGUACUUGUUUUCCAACCAGCUGAGGAAGGUGGUGGUGGGGCAAAGAAAAUGAUAGAUGAUGGAGCUGUGGAAAAUAUAGAGGCCAUUUUUGGGGUUCAUGUUGCUGAUGUUGUACCUAUUGGUGUGGUGGCAUCCAGGCCAGGACCUGUAAUGGCAGGGAGUGGAUUCUUCGAGGCAGUAAUAAGUGGAAAGGGAGGGCAUGCUGCACUUCCCCACCACACUAUAGAUCCAAUACUGGCUGCAUCAAAUGUUAUUGUAAGCCUUCAGCAACUUGUUUCCCGGGAAGCUGAUCCCCUAGACUCACAGGUAGUAACAGUAGGAAAAUUUCAAGGAGGUGGAGCCUUCAAUGUCAUCCCUGAUUCUGUUACAAUUGGUGGCACCUUCCGAGCCUUUUUAAAAGAGAGUUUUAAUCAAUUGAAGCAGCGAAUUGAAGAGGUCAUUGUGUCACAAGCAUCCGUGCAGCGGUGCAAUGCUGUCGUAGACUUCCUCGACAAAGACCGCCCUUUCUUCCCUCCAACAAUCAACAGCGCGGGGCUCCACGAUUUCUUUGUGAAGGUAGCUAGCGAGAUGGUUGGCCCCAAGAAUGUCAGGGACAAGCAGCCACUGAUGGGUGCCGAGGACUUCGCCUUCUACGCUGAUGCGAUUCCUGCAACUUACUACUACUUCCUGGGCAUGUACAACGAGACUCGCGGACCGCAGGCGCCUCACCACUCCCCCUACUUCACCAUCAACGAAGACGCCCUGCCCUACGGUGCAGCCUUGCAAGCAUCACUAGCUGCUCGCUAUCUGCUUGAGCACCAGCCCCCUACCACUGGUAAGGCGAAAGCACAUGACGAGCUGUAGGUACGGACACUUUCGCUCUCUCCCUCUCCUUCUCUCUCGUGAACGAAUUCUCUUUAUUGAACGCGAAUGAUAAAGAUUGGCAAGAUAGAAUUCUGUCAAAUUAAGGUGGCAUGCCCAUCGAUUCUGUAUUUCUAGGUGCCAUGUGUGACUGAUGUACAUAUACUCCUGAUUACUGCGCAUUCCAAUUAGCAAAUUUGGUACUUCUGCUUCA